AUGUCGGGCCAGAUCGAGUACAAUCAGAUGCCAAGAGAGCCCGCGCCAGCCGUGCUCUCAGAACGCAGCUUCAGCGCCGAGCAACCUCGCCCGAACCAGCCCAUGACGAUGGACCAUACGAUGAACCUGCGCGGCGGAGGCGGCGAUGGCGGACUAAUCGACGACCCCCGCUUCCUCAAGGCCGUCUGCUGCGGGAUCUGCGCCGGCCUCUGCUGCUACGAGUGCUGCGACUGCUGCUGCUGCUGCUGCUAG